AUGACGGAUUCAAGUUUGACCAAAAUUGACCGUGUGCUUUCUUUCUUUCUUUCUUUCUUUUCUAGCUCUCUUUUUCUUUCUUUCUUUCUUUCUUUCUUUCUUUCUUUCUUUCUUUUUCUUCUGUCCCGGCUUACUUACUUAGUUACAAUCUUUCUUUCUUUCUUUCUUUCUUUCGUUCUUUCUUUCUUUCUUUCUUUCUUUCUUUCUUUUCUAGCUGUCUUUCUUUCAGUUCCAGCUUUCUUUCUUUCUUUCUUUCUUUCUUUCUUUCAUUCUCUUCUGUACCGGCUUACUUAUUUAAUUACAAUUUUUCUUUCUUUCUUUCUUUCUUUCUUUUUUUCUUUCUUUCUUUCUUUCUAUUCCAGCUUUCUUUCUUUCUUUCUUUCUUUCUUUCUUUUUCUUCUGUCCCGGCUUACUUACUUAGUUACAAUCUUUCUUUCUUUCUUUCUUUCUUUCUUUCUUUUCUUUCUUUUUUUUUCUUAUUCUCUAUUAACUAAUUUUUUUCUUCUUCAUUCCUUCCUUUUUUUGUUUUCGGAUUUUCUUUCUUUUUUUCUUGUGUUUCUAUCCUAUUAUGUAAUCCUUUCUUUCUUCCUCCCUUUCUUUCUCAGUAAGUUAGCCUUUCUUUCUCUCUUACUUUCUUUUUGCUUUCUUUCUUUCUUUCUUUCUCACCGUGUUAGCAAUUCUUUCUUUGCUUCCUUCUUUUUUUUCUCUCACUGUGUUAGCUUUUCAUUCUUUCUUUCUCGCCGAAUUAACUGUUCUUUCCUUCUUUCUUUAUUUCUUUCUUGUCUUCUCAAUACCCUUUCUUUUCUUCUUUUUUCUUUCUCACCGUUCUUUCCUUCUUUAUUUAAUUCUUUCUUGUUUUCUCACUACGUUACACUUUUCUUUCUUUCCUUCUUUCUUUCUUUCUUUCUUUCUUUCUUUCUCACUGCACUUUCUUUCUUUCCUUCUUUUUUCUUUUCUUUUCUUUCUUUCUUUCUCACUGUGUUAGCCUUUCUUUCCUUCUGUCUUUCUUUUCUUUCUUUCCUUCUCACUACCUUUCUUGAUUAUUUCUUCCUUUGA